AUUUUAUCUGUUAAUGUCAUUGCAGUGUACCACUGGAUCGAGAUGAGAACCAAGAUGCGCAUCAUGGGUUUCCGUGGGGCCAACAUUAAGCCACUGAACGAGGACGCGGCUGCUGAGCUGGGUGCCGAGCUGCUCGGCGAGACGAUUAUCUUCCUCGUGGGCGGCGGGUGCAUGGUGUUGGAAUACACCAGGCAGGCGGCUAACUCGCGUCGCAAGGAGGACGAGCUCAACCAAACGCUCACCAGCCUACAGACUCAAGUAGCCGAGCUGACAUUCACCACAGAGACGCUAAGUGCUCAGCUGAGAGAGGUGAACAGGCAGCUGGUUUCCUUUCCUACCCCCACUAAAAAGUGAUGUGUUUUUGUAAAAGUGGUACGCAAAGGGACAUGAGAACACACGACUGCAACAUGUAAAGCCUGAAGCUUCUACUUCACUGUCACCCCCUCAAGGAGGAAGAAGUGGACAUAACAUCAGGGAGCUGCAUUUUGUAAUCUACGUGUUCAGAGCAACUAUGUAUGCAAAUCAGGGGAUUGCUAUGAUAUUCAUAGUGUAUUUUCUGUGGCUGAUAUUGCAUGCUCAUUACAAAGUGAAAUGACUGGGUAGAGACUUGCAUCAACAAAUUCAAAACAGAAUAUUUCUGAUAACGGCAACCUAUUUGAUAUUUCAUAACUUGGGAGAGGCUUGGUUUAUGAUUAACAUAACUCUCCCAAGUAAUAGAAAAAAGGUCUCAGUCAAUAUCACUGUGAAUCACUUUGCUGGUUUAUGUACAACUGAUAUAAUGAAUGAAUAAUAUUGUAAAAUAAAUACUAUAAUAGAAUUCAUGAUGAAUAAUAAUGAAUUUGUACAAAUUGCUCUGAAAUUAAAAAUAUCGUUGGAUACGCUGCCCUAAAACUAAAUGUUUACACCCAUUUUCUAUAGCCCUCGUCCUCAAAGCUAGUAUUUAAAGUCAUUUGUUUUCCAUUAGUUGUGGAAAUAGAGGGUUUUAGUAUCAUUGCUAGGUUUAAGGACUUGUAUGUUUUUUUUAAGUGACGCAAUAUGGCUAUUUCUGGCGGGUAGCAUCAAAAAUACACUACCCAUAAUUAUUUUCUCCUCGCGUCACUUCCUGUUUACAAUUGUGGCGAGCUACGAGUGAAUCAAAUGCCCUCUUUGUCAUCUGCUGUGAAAACGCUCAUUCGGUACCAGAAGGAGAAAUGAAUUAAACCAAAGACAAUAGAUUAAUUUCAUGUGACGUAUGCAUACAUUAAGUCUGGCUGCGCGCGUAUCUUGGAGGCUUAAAACCCAAAUGUGAAGUAAAGUUGGCCAACCAUG